AUGGGCCAGAACUCCAGUCUGCCAGAGCCGUCAAACCAGUCCCGGCGGGUGGAAGAAACCAUGAUCAGCACUCUGGACGCAGUCAGUAAAUCCCUCAACCAGAUCCCAGGGCUAGUCAACAAGGCCGAAAAGAUAGCAAACGCCGUGCAAAAGGCCAUGCCGGCCGUGAAAAUCCUGGCAUCCCAUGCGAAAUACCUGGCCGGGUUUCAGGGAUUUUUCAUCGCCGCAGGCGCGCCCGCCCAGAUCAUCCAGGUCUUCCAGGGACAGCAAAUCAUCGCCGAGCUCCGAGGGAUACGACGAGAGCUUGAGGCGCAGACGCGGUUGGACGCCCCUGAAAAGUUCGCCGUCCACGUCCACGGCUACAUCGACAUGAUGACCAAGAGCACCGCCAAAUCCGGCAAGAAGCACCUCUACUUCGUCUACCACCCGGACACGGACUGGCACCCCUAUUUCUGCCGGUUGGUGGAGAAGAAGCCGACGGCCAACAACUUCUUCGGCAUGGCCGAGAACCUCGACACGCUGUGCAUCUGGAUGCGAUAUCUACGUGCCCUCUUCGCCCGAUCCGGGGAAUGGGGCAAGGACCCGGUCUUCCAUCUCCUGAUGCCCACAUACCGCCAACUGCACAUCGAGGAACCCCUGGCCUUCGCCGACGCUCUCCAGCCGCUCUGUCUCCACGGCUUCGUCCACAACAGCAAGUGCUCCGUGCUGCUGAACCUGCACAACGCCGACCCGGACAUGCUGGACGGGGUCGGCAUCUGGAAACGCCCUGCGGGCUUGCUGGGCCUGUUCCAAGCAAAAGAGACCCCUCGGGUUCUGGGCAACGUUCCCAUAUCCGCCGACGACACCCUCUCCGUUGAGACGGGCGUUCGCAGGGUGCGCAAGAGGAGGCGGAGGGCGGUGAUCAGGCGAGGGAGCUUCCACGGACACGGACAAAUUAAACAUGAACCAUGCGAAAAUUCCCAGCAGUUGGUUGAGAGGAAGGGCUAG